AACACAGUGCCAUUGUGUCAUGCUUGUUGCUGGCUUUGUAUGAGAGCACACAGUCUGAACAUGAAGAGCCUACUCCUGACUGUCAUACUUUUCAGUCUAGUGGCGAUUCUACAAAGCCAUGAUGAUCUUCCCUUCCUCUCAGAAGAAGAGAAACUUUCAGGUGUCUGGUUCAUAAAGGCCACAGUGAAUCAAAGGAGAAAGGAGGAGGAGAAAACUCUGGUUGUAUUCCCUAUCAGGUUGACAUGCCCAGAAGAAGGAACCUUGGAGCUCAGGCACACUCUUAUAUCUGAGGGAGAAUGCAUUAAGCUAGGAGUUCGUAUGCAGAGAACAGAGGAGCCUGGUCAAUACAGUUCCUUUUUGGGCCAUAAUCUCUUCUACAUCUAUGAAGUUCCAGUGAAGGACCACUACAUCAUAUACACCGAAAGCCAUCCAUUUCGGAAAAUAUCCCAAACAGGACACCUCAUAGGAAAGUAUCCAGAAGAAAAACUGGAGGCCUUGGAAGUAUUUAAGGAAUUCAUACAGCACAAAGGAUUUCUCCAAGAAAACAUCAUUGUGCCUGAGCAGAGGGAACGGUGUAUUCCCAUACAUGACAGUGCACUCCAGGACCACAACUGCUGAGACAGAUUUGCCAGUAGGACACGGCCAUGACCUCAGUAGACUACUCUUCUUCCUGGACAACACUUCACUGAGCUGCAUUUUCCUAACCUGAGUCCCACUCCUUUCUUAAAUUGUGUGACCCGCUCGACUUCAUAACCUUCUGAUUUAUCUCUUAAUCCUUGCUUUAAAACCCAUCUGAAUCCAAUAAAAAUUUUAGCAGUU